UGGGCCAGCCAGCAGCGCUCGCGGCACCAGCCCGCAGCUCGACCAGACGUAAUGUGCUCGCGAUAGAUGGCAUUCAGGUCGGACGACGUUACCGAGCGGACGCGCGUUCUCAUAUUUCGAGCGCGCUCACCUCGAUCGUUGAACAUUUCUAUCGAAAGUUUUUGUUGUACAGUUUUUAUUUAGCUUUUACUGUUAGACUGCUACGCGGGUGCUAGUACUAAGAAAAAAAAUUCAAAGUCCAUAUUUAAAAGCUUACGUGUUCUCCUUUCUCUGUUGUGGUUGCCAUAAAUUGAAUUUUGUUACGAGGUGACGUAUAAACACUGUGCCGGUGAUAACGGAGAAUGAUGUGAAUAGUGUUGUGUUUAUGUUUGUGAUGUGCAGUUUAGUGUAGACGUGGGUUGUUUACAAUGGGGUACGCGUCGAGCGGAGCGGGGCGCGCUGCGCACGAGGCGCUGCUGGCCCGCCAGGAUGCAGAGUUGAGGCUCAUGGAGACCAUGAAGCGAAGCCUACAGGCUAAGAUGAAGAGCGACCGGGAGUACGCCCUCGCACUAUCUGCCGCUGCCGCACAAGGCCAGAAGAUGGACAAGUGUGAAGAACUUAACGGGUCCGUGAUAGCAUCUGCCUGGCGGGCCAUGACCGAAGAAUGGGAGAAUAUCAGCCGCCUUAUCAGGGCUAACGCUGAGGCUCUAGAAUCUAAAGCCCUAGACAGACUUACAACCCUCAUGACAGAACGAAGAAAGUCAAGGAAAGUGUAUCAAGAAGAUCAUACAAAAAUCUCUUCGCAGUUCACACAGCUGUCAGAGGAGGUCCAGAGGAAACAGAGCGAGUACCAAAAAUGCCUCGAGUCUUACAAGCAGAUGAGGGCCAAGUUCGAGGAGAACUACCUCAAAUGUCCUACAAGCCGAGGCGGUCGCAAGUUGGAUGAGACCCGUGACAAAUACGGCAAGGCCUGCAGACGGCUACAUAGAGCUCAUAAUGAGUAUGUGCUUCUGCUGGCUGAGGCUACGGAGUGCGAGAGGGCGCUGCGAACUGCUGCAUUACCGACGCUAUUGGAUCAGCAACGCCGGCAGGGAGAGGCUACUGCCACGUCUUGGAAAGGCGUGCUCCUAGAAGUGGUGCAGAGGUCAGACUUCAGUACAGACAAGUUCAGAGAGAUUCAGACCAAAAUAGAGACCACGAUACAGAACCUGAGGCCACAGGAUGAAUACAAGGAGUUUAUUGAGAAGUACAAAUCGCCACCUUCAACGCCGGUCACCUUUAACUUCGAUGAAAGCCUCGUCGAAGACACGAGCGGAAAGCUGCAACCGAACCAGUUGACUGUUGACAAUUUAACGGUGGAAUGGUUGAAGGAGAAGUUGACGGAGCUGGAGAACACGCUACAGGACAACAGGGAGAAGCAGUCAGCUCUGCAGGGUCCUGAGAUCAUUGGGAACGGAGUCUGCAAGAACAACAAUACUGGACUCACUAAUGGAGUUAAUGGUAUUGAUAGGCAUUCACCGCCACCAUUGCCAGUGACGACCUCAGAGCCCAUAAAACUUUUGGAACUCCGUGUAGCAGAACGCAAAUGUGCCAAACAAGCCGAGAUGAUCAGGUCAGCCCUGGCUGAACUGGGCUGUGAAGAGGCACCCAGUGGAUGCCCUGAUCUAUCUGCUGAGACUGUGGGCGUUGAUAGUCUGGACGGCAGCUCGCCUGAUCACCAGGAUCGCUCCUCAAUCGGGUCUAAGGCGUCGACAGACGUUCUAAGAUUGCACCUCCACUCAAUAAUACCACCGAAGCCCUUCUUCAAAUUAUUCACGCGGCCGUUCCGACGCAAAUCUGCGCCUUCCAGUCCGGCGCUACCACCCAAGACGUAUAGAAGCAGCAGUGAGGGCCCUGCUGACUCGGUGAGUGUGAGCGAGACAGAGAGGUCUUUGGUGGAACAAGAGUGGUUCCAUGGUGUGUUACCACGAGAAGAGGUUGUGAGGCUUCUGAGGGCAGAUGGAGACUAUCUGGUGCGAGAGACCACGAGGAACCAUGCGAGGCAACUGGUGCUGUCCGUGUGUUGGGGACAACACAAACACUUUAUUGUGCAGACGACCCCUGAGGGUCAUUACCGUUUCGAAGGAGCCGCGUUCCCCUCAGUAGCUGAGCUGAUAGCAUGGCAGAGGACCAGUGGAGUACCAGUGACUGCUCGAUCCGGAGCCCUACUUCGACGCGCAGUGCCACGGGAGAACUGGGAGCUAAACAAUGACGAUGUACAACUACUGGACAAGAUUGGACGAGGUAACUUCGGAGACGUGUACAAGGCUCGGCUGAAGAGCACCAAUCAGGAGGUGGCAGUAAAGACAUGCAGGGUGGCGUUACCAGACGAGCAGAAACGGACCUUCUUGCAAGAAGGUCGCAUCCUUAAGCAGUACCAGCAUCCGAACAUAGUACGGCUAAUUGGCAUAGCUGUGCAGAAGCAGCCCAUUAUGAUCGUCAUGGAACUCGUGCCUGGUGGUUCCCUCCUCACAUUCCUGCGUACACGAGCAUCCUCAUUAAGCUCCCGGUCUCUCCUGGCGAUGUGUCGAGACGCUGCUGGUGGCAUGCGCUACCUGGAGUCCAAGAACUGUAUCCAUCGUGACCUUGCAGCCCGGAACUGUCUCGUGGGAGACGACAACAUUGUCAAGAUAUCUGACUUCGGCAUGUCGAGAGAGGAGGAGGAAUAUAUCGUGUCGGGAGGCAUGAAGCAGAUUCCUAUUAAGUGGACUGCUCCGGAGGCACUUAAUUUUGGAAAAUACACAUCGCUAUGUGACGUGUGGAGCUACGGUGUGCUGAUGUGGGAGAUAUUCUCCAAGGGUGACACUCCUUACGCAGGCAUGAGCAACUCACGAGCUCGCGAGAAAAUUGAUACAGGUUACAGAAUGCCAGCGCCCGAAGGCUGUUCCGAAGACGUAUACGCUCUAAUGUUACGCUGCUGGGAGUACGAGGCAGAAAAGCGACCACACUUCCAUCAGAUAUACACGAUCAUAGACAAUAUUUACAAUAGGUAACACUAUUGGUAUAAUGUCAUGUGCUAAAUUUUGUACGCCAUCUUGUCUUUCAACCCUAGGUCUCCUGUCAAAUUCAGUAGAAAUUUUUGAUGAAAUAAAACUGCGGAUAUUCUAUUGCUGAUGGUGUCUAUGUUGAAGUAUAGUCCAUCAGGGACACAACGCAUUUAUUUCGACAGUCCACGAGACAGAACGGUUUUAAAUAAGUGCCUAUCUAAAGGGAAAGGACACAUUAUUAUGAAAAAUCUUCGAAUUAAACUGAUAAUAAUUUGAAAAUAACGUCUUAUUUAUGAACGAAAACUUGAAUCUACUUUACCCAGUUUACGACCAGGGUUAGCGACAUUAAAAAAUAUUUUUUUGUAAACAUUCAUAAUUAAAAAAUAUUUGUGUAAAAUAAAUAUACUUUACUCAUUUUCCAUUAUACAAUAGGCAACUGAAUUCUGUAUUGUUUGUUUAAGUUUUGUUAUAUAAUUAUGUUAUGUGUUAAAUAAUAAAAUUGUACUUGUAUGUAGUGACUAUAUCUUUUUGUAUUAUAAAUGGAUGUGUUGAGUAUUUCGAAGAGACAAUAGGGGGUCUGUGAUUAUUAAAAAAAUCUUAGUCAUUGUGCAUGAUUUGUUGAGAGGGUGAUUUUUUUUGGUGAUGAGGGCAAAGUCAAAAUGCACUUUUAAAUGGCAGCACGUAUAUAGUUUAAAACUUUUGCCCUCUUUGUAAAAUGUGAUUGCCAUGUCCAAUUUCUGACUCUAUAAAUCUUCAUAAAAAGGUAAAGUCGGUCUUAUCUUUAGCUUUUCUAUACUUACUUUUCAAUUAAACAUUAAUUUGCCUUCUAGUCUACAAUAAUACUAAUUGUAAGACAGUGUUCACGGUUAUUCUUGAACCUUAAAAAUGUCCUUAAAUGAAUAUUGUUGUUAAGGUGAAGGUGCUUUUUGAGAAUCUCUCUCCCUCUAUUGUUUCUUUUAGUAUACAUACUUAUAAGCGCUAGACAGUGUUCUUUAUAAGUAAUCGAAGUGUUGAUCUCUUACGAAUGGUACUUUAGCGAUAGAUGGAAAUAAUAGUAUAUAAGUACAACAUAUUAUAUCAGUUCUGACUGACAUAUCUACGUAUAUUUUGUAUUCAAGUACAAUGUUAAGCCUAAUCUAGUUUAUAUGUACCUAUAUGAAAAAUAAUCUGUAUUUGUAAAGUAUAGCAUCAAAUGUUAGAUUUAAUUUAGACAUUGUAGAUUUUUUGUAAUUGAACCAUUAAGGUAUGGAAUAAAACCUUUCUUGAAAUCAGCCUACCGUCCUAGGCAACUUUUUUUGUAUAACUUGGUAGUGUAUGGACUUCUAACAUUGUAACUUGACUAAGAAAGUUAUGAAGAAAGUCAAUUAUAUUUUAUUAAUUUCAGUAUAUAAACAAUAUGAGAAGAAAAUAUCCUUCCUAAGGGCUUCCAUACUUUCUGAAGAUUAUAUAAUGAAUAUUUUAGUAGUUUUUUAAUUAAGAUAGAUGUAACUAGUGGCAAUAAAGGACAUGUUUGUGAUAUCUUUAAUGCUUCCACAGAAUAGUGUAACAAUAUAUUAAGUUUAAGAUGUAAUGUUUAUCUCUUGCCUAGUAUAAUUGCAUGUUAUUAUUAAUUGAUAUUUUAACACAAAGUGAGAUAUAAAUGUAUAGGCAGUCUAGUAUUUUAAUUGAACUCUAUAUCAAAACUAUGUAAAUAUAUUUCGUACAACAUUAAAGUGCCAGACAUU